AUGGAGAUGGCUGCAAAUCUUUCAGCAGCUACGCAGCAGAAGCUAUCGUUCCCGAACAAGCAUGGCGAGAAGCUCGUUGGCAUACUGCACGACACCGGCUCUCCACACCUCGUAAUUCUAUGCCAUGGUUGUCGAUCCUCAAAGAAUGACAAAAUCUUGGCGAGUAUUGCUGCAGCUUUAGAAAAAGAAGGAAUCAGUGCUUUUCGCUUGGAUUUCUCCGGAAAUGGGGAAAGUGAAGGUGAUCUCCAGUUGGGUAGCUACUCAAAAGAGGUUGAAGACAUAAGAUCUGCGGUCGAGUACUUUGUUGGAUCAAAGCGCUCCCCAAUUGCAGUUCUUGGUGGGGAUGCCGUCAUUCUGUAUGCAUGUAAGUAUCACGAUUUACCGGCCAUGGUAAAUCUUUCUAGUCCUUGUUUUCUCAAAAGCGGAAUGGAGGAAGUGUUUGGCAAAGAUAUGUGGGACAAACUCAAGAAGGAUGGAUCUGAGGAUGUUAAAUCCAAGACAGAUGAUUUUGUGCACCGUCUCACUCAAGAAAGCAUGACGGAGCGACUCAAUACAGACAUGCGCGAAGCAUGCCUUUCACUUGAUGCGAACUGCAGGGUGCUGACAGUGCACGGGACAGCAGAUGAGGUUAUCCCGGUUGGAGAUGCAUAUGAGUUCGCCAAGGUGAUACGAAACCAUCAGCUGAUAAUCAUACCGGGAGCCAAUCAUGGAUUCUCUUCACAUCAAGAAGAGAUGGUCUCAGCUGUUCUGCCUUUCCUUAAGGAUUGCGUGAGCCGUUCCUCCACCUAGGUAUGUCGAUCUCUUGAUCUUACAUGAAUAAUUAUCGAGCUCGAAAAUAAGCUAAAGAUGGGCUCGUUCACUAUCAAAACGAACUUUGAACCAGCUGUUUUCGAGGGAAGCCUAACCCUAGUUCAUUUACAACCUAACUAAAGAAUUUGUUAGAUUUCACUUCAAACAAAGGAGAAAAUCAAUUUAGUGGAAUUGUACUACGGAGUCCUAAAAUUAAAA